AUAAGUACUUUUUGUUGUUAAUACGUCUGUACUUUUACUUCAGUGAAAUUUUGAAUGCAGGCCUUUUACUCGUAAUAAAGUAUUUUAUACUGUGGUGUUAAAGUAAAUGAAUAAAUACGUCCUCCUCCACUGAACUUUGAACAAAAAGCAUCAAUCUAAAAACAGAAAUCGUCACAGAAUCGACACUCUGCAGAUCAUUUGUCGUAUAAUUGGUGGUAAAUUAAUUCAGCGUCGUUCGGUUUGAGGUUAUGACUGAUGUUUUGUCAAUGAAGUGAUUCCUCGGAGCCAAACUACUUGAAUGACAUUCUUUCAGGUGUGUUUGUUGUUUUCCCAGCGAGACGACCUUCAUGGCGACCAUGGCGACAGAAGAAGCCACCAACGUGUCCUCCAUCCCCCCUCUCCCGGAGACUUUCUCUCCUCACAAGCAUCUUAAUGAAUUGGCUGCUUCCUUCUUUGUGAAUUGGCUCCUCAAUCAGGCGGCGAUAAUUGCGGCGACGCUCUGGGCCUUGUCGCUGAAGUGGACCGAGGUUUCUCAGCUGAAAGAAUGAAGGUUACGACUGUGGAAGCUGGCUUUGUGUGCGUCAGAGGGGCGAGGGGCCAAUGGGGUGACGGCGGCCUGUGACCCGAGGGCAGAGGGGGCGGAGGGAGGGCGGGCAGUUUUUAAAAAGGUCCGAGGCGACGAACGUUAGAUCAGAUACAACAAGUUAGAGCGCGACACAAGAUGAGACCUUCUUUCCAUCUCGGCGCCUCAAAGCUCACCCUCCUCUCCCUCGCCCUCCUCUUCCCCGUCCCACGGACCGUCACAUCGUACCCCACCGCCAUCCUGCCCACGGUGGAUGGAGCUGAGCUGGAGUCCACCCUGCUGCACCUCCAGGCUGCUCUGGGCGACUCCAGGGGCGACUGGCUGGUUCGGCCUGACGCAUGGGCCAAGUGGCUUCGAGACCCCCGGGAGGAGGAGGAGGAGGAGGAGGAGGAGGAGGAGGAGGGCGGGUCCUGGGAGGAAGAGGCGCUGCUGAGAGCCCAGAGAGGAGGCGUGGUAGCCCGGGCGCUGUCACCUUUCCCCAGGGGUCACGCUCUAGAGAGCAGGAACUAUCAGGAGGGAGGAGAAGGCGAGGACGGGGGAAAGAGGAACGAAGCUCUGAAAUCCAUCGCCGGAGGCCUCCAAGCCGUCAGCCGGGAGAAAGGAGGAUUCGGUUUCCGCUUUGGGAGGAAAAGAUGGACUGAGAGGGGAUGGUUGGAUUAA